GCCCCCCCCCCCCCCCCCACACACACACACACACUCACAUACACACACACACUUUUCAAAUCAAAACUCUACCCCAACAUUCAAAUCAAAACUCCCCCCCCACACACUUUUCAAAUCAAAACUCCCCCCAGCCAAUUAACUUCAAAUUCCGUAUUUAAUUAGCUGUGUGUAUAUACAGAGCGAUUCUGCAUCUAUUUAGAAUGCAGACACUGUUGAGCCUCUGUGCUGUUGGAGUGAAGGUUAAUCAAAAGAAAGUUGAUUCCUUUUACGUUUGUAUUGGGUGUGUUGUUCUGACUACAAUCAGAAAAGAGUGUUGAAGUCCUCCUGAGUUAGUUUUGACAAGUUUGGAGAAGGUGAGUUGUGUUUUAAUAGUCGUUUUCUUUUUGUAUUAUGAACAAAGGAAAAGUGCCGACCUACUGCUCAGGCCAGAGGACUAAAAGCGAACUUAAAGAUGCUUCAUUUUAACAUAUAAAAGCUGUACCUUGGGAAGUAAAAUGUAUCGUAUGAUAUUUUGCAGUUUACGAAAAUAUUUCAGCGUGAAAGUCGAGGUGACCACAGCGGUGAACUUCAUCACCGGAUUACUGAGAGGAAGAGGACCUCUGUCCGAAAAACAGCUCCAACACUUCAGCCGUUCUCUGGAAGAGGCGUUAGGAGAGCAUUAUGAGCACCACUGGUUCCCUGACGCACCGUUCAGAGGUUCGGGAUAUCGAUGCCUCAGAAUCAAUCGCAGGAUGGAGCCGCUAGUAGGGAAGGCUGCUUACACCAGUGGUCUCAGCAUGGAGCAGGUUCGCGCCCUCUUACCGUGUGAGCUGACAGUGUGGGUCGACCCCUACGAAGUGUCCUACCGGAUCGGGGAGAACGGGUCCAUAGGUGUGCUGUAGGAGUCCACACCACUGCCGCUGGAGACUCAUCUCAACUCUGUGAUGACCGUCUCCAGCUAAUCUCUCAGCACAUCUGGCCCACAUCUGUUUGACAUGAUUUUAAUGACUGGUCUCGCUGCACGUAUAUAUCCAAUUUAUUGGAUAUAUUUUGGUUAAGUUCCUUAUUUUAA